AGGGAUAGGGAGAGAGAACCGAGGCGACAGAGCGGAGGUGACAGCGGAGAAUGGAGAGGAGCGCGUCCGCCCGGCGAGCUUUGACGGCGGCGAACGCGCAGAUCCCACUCGGUGUUUUCCUUCUGGAGCCCGCGAGCUGAACGACCCCGGGAGGAAUCCGACCGGGGGGUGAACGCGGAGGAAUGGCUGAUCCUCUGCGGAGGACUUUACUAGCGAAACUCCGGGGGAAGAAAUCCAAGAAAGGAGCGACGCUCGGCGGUGGAUACGGAUCUGCUGCUGCGGCGGCGGCGGCGGACGGGAGCCGAGAAGGUAAAGAAAAAGUUUUGCGGGGAGGCUCCGGUGAGGCUCCGGUUGUGUCUCUCGCCGCGGAGAGAAUGAGCGCGUACGAGAAUUGUGUUGACGGGGCCACGGGGCUCCCGGGGCGGGCUGUGGGGCUCCGGGAGAGUCGCGCAGCCGAGUUGUCCGGCGCGCGUCCCCCGGAGCAGAGCAGCGGGGGCAGGGGUCGGGUUAACGAGCGGCUCCCGGGGGUCUCGCUUCAGAGAGACGCGCAGGUCGGGGGUCGUGUGUCCGGGGAGGCGGACGAGAGCCACCGGGGGCUGAGACCCGCAGAUGAAACCGCGGGCUCGCCGGCGGGGGUCCGGAGAAAACGCUUCGUGUCGGUGCCUCGGCAGCGCAGCGGCGGGGAUUCAAUCGGGUUUGGGGACAAUUCAAACCACGUUAUGCGCCGGGUUGAGCCGCACACCGGGGAAGCUCCUCCAGAGAGCCGGGUCGCUGCCGCCGGUGGUGACGGGACGGAGCCCGGGGACGGAGCCGAGUCCCGGCACAUGGCAGCGGCUGCAGCGGCCCUGCACGGACACAACGCCAACUGGAGCUCUGACAACAACCCGACCCUGGAGGCACGUUGCGCGGAGCUCGUGGACCCAAACUGCGUGCCAAGGAACACGGAGGAAAACAUUUUAAUCAGAAGCAUCGAGAGCUACGAGCCAGAGUUCGCAGGGGACGUGAGGGGGACUGUGGGGGGUCUGCAGUGCCCCACGUUUUUCCCCACAGAGUUAGAGAUAUGCGACAUCAACAGGGCAUCUCCGUGCGCCACACAGGCCUCUCUCAGAUACCCCGGAGACAGCGAGGACGAGGAUUACUAUGACAAUGAAAUUCUGCCUUUUUAUGAAACGGUCAGAGUAAAAACUGAUCGAUCCGAGGCUGCAGACUUGCCCCCGUCGGGUCAGGACAGAGGUGGCAGUGCCCAGGAGACAGACAGGCUGAGGAACCAGCUGCAGGAAGCUUACUACCUUCUCAUCAACGCUAUGAAUGACAUCAACCUGGAUGUGCAGCAGGUCGGUGGUGGUUUGACGGAGCAGCAGGCCACCUCCUCCUGCAGCAGCCACUCCAGAGACAGUCUGUGCUCCAGGCUGUCGGCCAAAAACAUGGACAGUGACUCCUGGUCCUCAGGAGGAGACCACAGCCCACAGCAGGUGUCUGACACCGACUCGGUCCUGCUCUGCAUCAGUGGGAACCCCGAGUCAGGCCUCAGAAGCAGGCUGAACAGUAAGAGCUUGGUGAACCUGACCUAUACCGAGAUGAGACCAACGUUACUGCGCUCGGCUAGUGACGGAGCCUUCAGAUACCCAGGUGGCGUCUCGGUAUGUGUUAGGGCUCCUGGAACACAGAACCCAGGUAUCUGCUCUGAUAAAGAGGCCACAGAAACUAAAGAGGAAGUCAGAGACGUGGGCGAGCUGUCGGACAGCAACGCCAUCAGCAGCGAUGAGCUGCUACUAGAUGCUGGUGGCGAGGAGGACCGCGGCAGGCCCCUCAAUGAGAGCAGCGGCUCGGUCAACAGCCUCACGGGAUCCUCGGACAGCAAUGCCGAGGCAUCGACACAUCAGAGUCACAACAAGCAGGAGCUGAGUGGAGUUCGUGCUCAGGGGCCCAACUCUCUCAACAAGGGCCACGGGGUCACCGUCAACAAGAUGCAAGAGUGGAUGCACAAAGGCCGUUUGCUGUCUUCAGAGAUGAAGCAGCGUAUAGAGGGCUCGUCUUUGUCUCGUGGUGGAGGCCAGAGCCAGGAGCGCCCCUGUCCCCAGGCUAACCUGGGUGGGUCCAAACCUGGGGUCCAGACAUCAGGCCGAGAGGUCAAGUCUGGCAAGGCUAAAUCCCCAACAGUCAAGUCACCUCAGCAGCAGCAACAGCAGCAGCAGCCAGCUUUCAUUGAGAAUGUCCAAACCCCCUUCGCAAACGGCCGCGAGGUGGCCCGAGCGGCCGAGCCCUCGUCACGGAGGCCGCCGCUCACCACCAUCACCGUCUCCAAGAAGCGCAACUGGCUGCAGCAGAGCUCCCACGGGAAGAGUCACUGCCCCAAGGACGAGCUGCAGGGAAUGCUGGGAGCUGAGGAGGAGGGCUCCCAUCAGCCUCCACCUCCUCCCAGUCCCUCCCCAGACCACCUGAGACCCUCAGGGGGAGCCCCGCCGCGGCCGGUCCGCCUACAGCUGCCUCAGGUCAUCGUCGGUCAGGCCAAGGUGUCUCCUUUCCCUCGGAGCGUGGACCCUGCCGAGGAGAACGACGCAGACGACGAGGGGGAGAUCUGGUACAACCCCAUCCCUGAGGACGACGAUGCGGACUCGUCUAACCGACCCUCCAUGCGGCUGCUGGUGCCCCCUCGAACGGAGCUCGAGCGGAGGCCCAGCAGGGCAGGGGACGUGAGUCACGGAGGCAGCGGCGUGCCAGAGGUGCUCGGUGAAGGCGUCGGUGGCGGCUCGGGAGAUGGAAGUCAGGGCAACGCUGUACAUUCCACAGAGGCACUACAUCUGCACAGACAGAUGCUCGCGUGCAAACCUCAGGAGGAGGGGGGGCCUUCCAGCAGCAGAGUCACAGAUGGAGCCGAGCUGCCCAACGCCGUCGGCUUCUCGCCUCCCUCCAGCCCGAACCCGACCAAGAAGAGCAGCUCCAUCAACUGGUCCUUCCCAGACAAGAUCAAGUCCCCGCGCACCGUCAGGAAGAUCUCCAUGAGGAUGAAGAAGCUCCCGGAGCUGAGCCGCAAACUCAGUGUCAAGGGGACCACGAGCAGCAGCAACGGCAACAACGGCAGCAGUACAUUGGAGCCUCGGGCCCAUUCUCCCAGAAACAACUCAGAGGCUGUCUCCCAAACUUCAGGCCCUCCUCGGUUGACGGCGUCUGGCGGUGGGCAGGCGAGCCGUAACGUGAUUUCACGCUACCACCUGGACAGCAGCGUGUCCAUGCAGCACAGCUUCAGCAAGAAGAAAAGCAACGGCAGCUCGAAGUCCGCCAGUAAAGGUGGCUACCUCAGUGAUGGUGACUCACCGGAGCUGGUGGCCAAAUCUGGGAAGCACGGCGCCUCGGAGGGGAAGGGAGGGAAAGGCAAGGAGGUGGAAGCAGGAGGGAGCUCGAAACUCAACGGCACCGAGCUGGACAUCGAUGCUUUCCGCCAUUACAGCUUCACGGAGCAGCCCAAGUGCAGCCAGUACAUCUCUGGACUCAUGAGUCUGCACUUUUACGGUGCUGAGGACCUCAAACCUCCACGAAUCGACUCUCGAGACGUCUACUGCGCCAUCCAAGUGGACUCGGUCAAUAAGGCCCGAACCGCUCUCCUCACGUGUCGCACUUCCUUCCUGGAUAUGGACCACACGUUCAACAUCGAGCUGGAGAACGCCCAGCACCUGAAGCUGGUGGUGUUCAGCUGGGAGCCCACGCCGAGACGGAACCGCGUCUGCUGCCACGGCACGGUGGUGCUGCCCGCGCUCUUUCGGGUGACGCGGUCCCACCAGCUGGCGGUGAAGCUGGAGCCGCGGGGGCUGAUCUACGUCAAGCUGAGCCUGAUGGAGCAGUGGCAGAACUCGCUGGACGGACGGCUGGGUGGAGACAGGGAGCCCAAGGUGUUUGGAGUGGAGGUGUGGCGGGUGGUGGAGAGGGAGAACACGGGACUGAUGGUGCCGCUGCUCAUAAGCAAGUGCAUCAACGAGAUAGAGAAGAGAGGCUGCCAGGUGGUGGGUCUCUACCGUCUGUGUGGAUCUGCGGCGGUGAAGAAGGAGCUUCGGGAGGCGUUCGAGAGGAACAGCUACACCUUGGAGCUGUGUGAAAACACGUAUCCCGACAUCAACGUCAUCACAGGCGUUCUGAAGGACUACCUGCGAGAGCUCCCCUACCCUCUGAUCACCAAGCAGCUGUACGAGGCCGUGUUAGAGGCCAUGGCCACGAGGCCGCUGCGCAUCGGGCCGGGGGGCUGCGAGAACGACCAGGCCGACUCGGAGCACACCGUCAGCCUGCUGGAGAACCUGCCGGAGGUGGAGAGGGUGAGCCUGCGGAAGCUCCUCAACCACCUGAAGCUGGUGGCGUCGCACCAGGACGUGAACAAGAUGACGUGUCAGAACCUGGCGGUGUGUUUCGGCCCAGUGCUGCUCAGCCAGCGCCAGGAGGCGUCGUGCCACACCAACCGAAUCUUCAUCGACUCCGAGGAGCUGGCGAGCGCUCUGCACUUCAAGAAGCACAUCGAGGUCCUGCACUACCUGCUGCAGCUGUGGCCAGUUGUUGACCCACAUGGCGAGUCCUCCUAUCAACCCCUGGCGUCAUCAGACCGCCUCUCGGCUCCUCCUCUGCGGCGGAGGAGAGAGCGCCCCCAGGUCCUGAACCUCUCUGAGGCGGAGAUGGCGGGUGUUCUUCGGCCCAAACCGGGGCGUCUGGACAGCCCGAGCAACCGCUACGCCGGUGACUGGAGCCGCUGCGGCGAGAGCUACUUCCCCUCUGAAACGCUGCUGCCUCCCAGCAAAGAGGAGGCGGACUAUGAUGAUGUGCCCUCCGAGGAUACGGAGGCAGCUGAGGAGGAGGAGGAGCAGGAGAAGCCUGAGGAUGAAGAGGAAGAUAAAGAACAGAAGGUCACACGCCCUGCAAGCGAUCCGGCUGAGCAGGAGCCACCUCCUUUAGAGGAUGUGGCAAAGGAGGUUGAAGAGGUGGACGAGGAGGAGGAGGAGGCGGAGGAGGAGAGUCACGUAGAGAGCGAUAGUUCAGGCAACGGACAGCCAUUAGAAGACGAGGAGGAAGAAGAGGUUCGGGUGUGCGACCACAUCCUGCCCCCUCGGCUGCCCAGAGAGCACACGUACCAGGCCUACCUGAAGAUCCAGGACAUCAGCCCUGUGCUGAGCAACAGAGUGAACCUGAGGGACCUGCAGGAGAGCAUCGACACGCUGAUCGGAAACCUGGAGAGGGAGCUCAACAAGAACAAGCUCAACGUCGGAUAUUGACUCACACACACACACACACACACACACACACACACACUCUGUCAAAGCCUGACGAGGUUCGAGGAAGACCUUCUUUACCAAUCAAGGUGCUUCAGGAUAACGCCACACUGUUCCCAUGGCGACCCCGUGAGGUCACCGUGGCAACGUGUCGUGCAGUGCUGCUGUAAAACCCUAAAGGAUGAGAUGAGAGGAAACGUGACAGGGCACUUCUGGCAUUUGUACCCAUAGACAUUCCUAAUGUGUUUGUUUUCCUUUGAUUUUGUCGACCGUCUCACUUUGGGUUGUCAUCGGUUUGUUUCAGUCCCGUUGUGUGUUCCAUGUUGUUAUUGUUGCUUCUCUUCUUAUUAGAAGAACCCAUUGACCCCUCAGGGGUUUAAAAGGUGCCUUAAUUGUGCGAAGGUGGUACGUGGAGAUGAAAGUCCACCCUGGAAUAAAACGCAUCCCCUCCUCUGAUACAGGACAACAUGUAGGAUAGGUGUGAGGAGCUUUUACUUUGAAAACGCAGGUACAAAUCUAGUCUAGGUACAAUGGGGCUCUGCUCGUUCAAGGUUUUUAUCAGUGAUGAACACUAACUCAAGUUUCCAAAAUUCUUGGCAGAAUCUGAAGCGGCAUUUGGACAUUGGACACUUUAAUAUGAAUUCACUGGCCGGAAAACUCUGGGAGACAUUUGGCCUUUCGAUUAAUAAUUCCAACAUAAUAUGUAAUGAAGUAAUUCAAUCAUUUCAGAAUCUGUGCAAGGCCCUUGUGUUAUUUCUGGAAGCAGAGAGAAGGAAUAUCUUCUCAUAUUCUUAUUGAACCUCACUGUUAUUGACCAGAGCAUUCGUCUCUCUGCUGAAAGGAAAAAAAACAAGAUUCCUGGAAGUUUCAAGCUUCUAGUUUCAUCCAGUUUAUAUCUUUUAAUUUGACCAUUUAUUCAAUGAGACACUCCAGGAAUUAAAAUGUGUUUUUCGAUGAGUAAACCUAACUUCAUGUGUAAAGUCAGAGUAUCGCAGGAGGAGCUUGUGUUCGUUCUAUUUCAGGGUGGAUUUCUUAUUUUUUAAGGCAGCAGAGAGCUUUUCUAUUGAGGUAUGAAACACUAAAUGUUGUACAACAAUAAUGCACUUAUGAGUUAGGCAGUAACGUAGAUUGUCAUUAUAGAUCAUGCAGUAAAAUAUAUUCUGUCUGUGGACUGAAUGGAGAGAAACAGCUGCGACUGAAACCUCCUCUUAAACAUGAAUAUGGAGGAAAAUGGGUUGAAAUGUUUUUUACUUUGUGCAAGUUUUCAAUGUUUCGACACUGUUUAGAUAAACACUUUUCAGAGUUGGGUACGAGAUAAUCUACGAUCGGAGAUAACGUUUGAUCGGGCAACAAAACCAGAGAAAGGGUGUUUUAUGUUGCAUUGUAUUCAGUUAAGGCUCAAAACUAUAGUCCACAUCCUCAUUUUAUAAUUUGAAAUAGCCCAGAAAACAUUGCGACAUCAACACUUAAGACUGGAUAAGUUUUCAACUAGCGCUAAAAGUUUUGUAGGUCAUUUGAAGCUAGCUUGCCAGCUCCAGCUAAAGACACGAGAGUUGUAUUGAUCUUAUUUAAGAAAUUCAUGAAACGUCUUCUCACAGAAGGCAUCGAAAGCUAUUCCUUUUAAAAACCUUUUUGCUUCUCUCAGCUUUUGGCGAAACCGUGAAACAGAAACAGCUCAAAUGUGAAGCACAAUUUUUUCCGAGCGGCGGCAGAAGCCGUUAGCGACGGGGCUCAGUUGGUACAACUUUUAGCUAGCUGCCUAAAUCGACUAAGGUUUGUUCUCAGCAAUCCAGGGAUUCAGAAUGAUCAGUAUUUAACCUAUAUGUAUAUGUAUAUAAUUAUAUAAAUGUAUUCGGAGUAUAUUAUUUUUACAGCUUCUGUUUCGAUGGCAUAUUUAAAUACUUCCGAUGACCUCGUAGUGUUGUAGCGAUAGUCGCUUUUCCUCCCUUCGAGCUACCUGUACACAUCUCAAUGUGCUGGACUAAUGGUACAACUUUAGCUGUAAAAUAUAUGAUAAAAUCGUGCCCUUGCAGAAAAAGUGACAUUGUUAUUUUUGUUAUAUUGUGUAUACAUGUAUAUUUGACAUUGUGUCUCUGGUGGACUAAGCUGUGUUCAUGUUGUUGUUGUUUUUUUAAAGGUACUGAACGUUGCAUGGUCAAAAGCUUUACUGACAUAAACAAGGCUCCCUCUCAUCUGCCUUUGUAUUUGAUAUUUAUGUGUAAAAAGACUAUUUUGUAAUGUAUGCUCGUUUGUUCGUCUCCCUGUUUCUCAGAUUGAUCAUGUCCUCGGUCCAGCUUUCUCUCCAGAGGACUUAAAGACAGACGUCGACUCGGUUAACUUUACGAUUCUUGUCUUGAUCAAAUGUAGUCUGUGAAAUGUCUGAAAAUUGUGAAAACGCACAACUUUGAGUGUUGGUUUUGUCAAAAAUAUUCAGUGCACAAUCACAUGUGACAAUCUCAACUUAAGGAAAACAUUCCUAUUCAGUCCCAACUCAUCGCUACACAAAACAUAUUCAUCCCAAAUCAUCUAUAGGUGUAAAAACAAGAGUUAGUAAGUGAAUUUGUUGUUCAGGUGGAUAUUUGGUGGGAUGUUUGUGUCUUUGUUUACAACACACACGGUGUCUGUUCCCGCUCCCGCUGCUCUGCGGUGAAAGUGAGUUUCAGCAGAGAUCUGUCCGCUCACACACAUCACAAAACAACCAGGGCCUCACUUUAUACGAUAAUUAGAUUUCCAGAUCUAAAAAGCUGCUUAUGUAAAAAGAUUCCAAAGACGUUUAUGACUUUUUAAAUUCUUACUGAUACUUUAAACAAACAUCAAAACCCUUAUAAUAGAGGUCUAAACUCAGCAUGAAGCCUGUUUUAGGCAGCACAGUCCCACGUCCUGCAGGGAGCCACAACCUGGCACAUGUAAGAGCAACAUCCAGUUUCAUUAUCAAUGAGUUCAUCUCCGUCUUAACACGAAUCAACAUCAAACACCUGCAUUCGUUUUCAUGUUACAUCGACCGGUCUUGUCCUCUUUGUCCUCUGGAGAUAAAAUACCACGUGGAAAGCAUCGCUUAACAAAACAGAAACAUCGCUUUGUGUUGAUCCUGAGAAAUGUAUGGUCAUAAUAAAGUAUAUUAUUUUA